AUGGGAAACUCAACCGAAUAUAGAAACGCUACCUCUUCCGAGGUAUUUAAUCUGGCGACAGUGAUCAUAUUUUGUUCUCUUAAUAUUCUUCUUUCCAUCACGGCAUCGGUGGGCAACAUUCUGAUCCUGAUUGCUCUUCGCAAGGUAACUCCUCUUCAUUCACCAACGAAACUGUUGUUUCAAUGCCUGGCGAUCACUGAUCUUGGCGUUGGUCUCAUUUCGCAGCCACUCUAUGCCAUCUUCAUCUUUCUGAUAAACUUCAACCUUUGGAAUAUCAUCUCUAUUCUCCACGAUAUAACUUUGGGGUUAUCAAUUUGUCUUUCUGGAGUUUCGGUACUCACAACGACUGCUCUAAGUGUGGACAGACUUCUCGCCCUUUUGUUGAAGCUAAGGUACAGGCACGUUGUGACACUGAAGCGAGCUCGUGCAGUUGUUUUCUGCUUUUGGUUAAGUCCUGUUUCGGGCAUUUUCAUGUUCUUGGUCUGGGAUACAAACAUCGCCUUGACAGCAAUUUCAGUUUCGGUAAUGCUUUGUAUCGUUACCUCACUUCUUUCUUACACCAUCAUAUUUAUCAAGCUGCGUCUACAUCAAGCUACUGUGCACCCUACUGUGCACCCUACUGGGCAAUGCGAUGUUCACCAUCAUGGGCAACCAAUUGGAGGGGGAAUUCCGGCGUUGCGCAUAGCACAGUUUAAAAGAACCGUUACCAGCAUAGGUUUGGUGCAGUCGGCGUUAGUUGUAUGCUAUAUCCCAUUUGUUAUUGUAAAUGCGAUAUUACUGUUGAAUAACGUUCUUGCCAACCUUGAGGUUUCUUUCAUAGCGUCUCUUGUAUAUCCAACUCUCGUCUUCUUAAACUCAUCUCUUAACCCGCUCCUGUAUUGUUGGAGGAUCAAAGAAGUGAGGCAAGCCGUGAAGGCCACAAUCAAACAGUUGUAUUGUAAUUGUUUACGCUGA